UUGGUUCAUCCGAUCAGAUAACUAAGAUAAUGUACGUAUGCAUGUAAUGCCCUCCCCAUGCUAUAGGAGCUGACAGACAAGAGGCACUCUGAGACAUGCAUAUGCAUCACUGCUACUCUCCCAUGCAGCUUGUUAUAGAAGGCCACGUCAUGCUCUCUUCCUACUACUGAUAUUAUAUACUUGUUGUUGUGCUGCUGGUCAUGUGCCGAGUCAUGCUCUUACUGUAUAUCAUCUUCAAUCCUCACCCCAUCUUAUUCCUCCAACUUUUGCCUUGGCUUUACUCUUGUUGUCAGUCUAUCUUUCAUUUCUUUCUCCAAUCCUAUCAUGGAUACUACGGAUUCCACCGAUGCUGCGGCUGGUCCAAGCAAAAGGAGAAGGGCCAAUGUAGGAAAGGCUUGUCUCAAUUGCCGGAAACGAAAAGCAAAAUGCACUGGUCAGCCGCCGAGCUGCCAGACAUGCCAGCUGUACAAUGACGAGUGCAAGUGGGGUGAAGACGACGACGGACGGAAACCCGCUUCAAGACAGUUCGUCCAAUCUUUGAAAAACCGUAUCAAGAGCCUGGAAGCUGCAUUGGAAGCGCGAGGGCAGCUUGUCCCAUCUCCUGGGGACGAAGGACAUGACGAAAGCGAUAACGAAGAGGAGAUGGUGGAUAGGGUGUCACAGGCCAUGUUGCAUCUUCAGAUUGGAAUGGAUGGGGAGCAAGUGCAUUACCACGGACCAACUUCUGCUUAUGCGCAUCUCUCGGUUGCCCCCAUUCUUCGUGACGUACCAUCGGGAUUGAUGGGAGGUCUAUCCGAUUUCCGACGCUUCCUCCCACCAAUUAACAUCUCUGCUCCCCAGCACGCCCUCGCCCUUGAUCGAUUCUUCCGCUUUUUUGCUUCUUGGGGCAUGCGCACCGUCCCGAAUCUAUUCCAUCGCGAUCUCGCACUUGCCAUUAACGCUCCUUCUAGCGCCCCUCCACCGCGUACUACCUACUACUCACCAAUGCUGCACAACUGUAUCCUCGCCAUAGCCCUCAUGUUCAUGGAUGACCAAUACCUCCGCGAUCCAGCGACAAGGAAAUUAUUGGCAGAUGAGGCAGUCAAGUAUAUGGAGAUUGAGUUACCCCGACCGACGCUCGCCACUGUGCAAGCUCUCGCACUCAGAUCCAGCUACCACUCGACGUUGGGCGAUCACACAGUUGGCUGGACCUAUUUCGGUCUGGCAGAGAGAGCAGCGCAAUCACUGGGACUCAAUGUGGACAGCUCGCCUCUCGUGAAGAACGGGCGGAUGUCGGAGGCGGAGAUGCUGCUGCGUAACAAUACCUGGUGGACGAUAUUUAUACAAGAUCAAUGCUGGUCGGUAUAUAUUGGACGCCCCCACUCUAUGCAAGAUCACAACACUCCACUACCUCUCGUUGAUCCCUCACUCGACGCUGUGCCUUGGACGUGGACCGAGUUGUCGUCCGGCGAAACAACAACGCCUCCGCAGGAUUGCAUGCUCAGUUCGGCGUUUGUGGAAACGGCCAAGUUGUCACUCAUCAUGCAAAAGGUUAUGACGACUCUGUACUCUCUCAGGUCGGAUGCUUCCAGGCUACAAAGAGAUGGCGCGAUCUCCGAGUUAAGUCUCGCCCUCGAUACAUGGCGCGAGCAACUCCCUCCUAACCUGGUCCUCACAGGCCAUUCGAACAGAAACGCCCUGCCCCAUGUCAUCAUGCUCCAGCUCGCUUGGGAAUGGCUCGUCAUUCUUUGUUAUCGCUCUUAUUACCGCUUCAGUGUUCGCUCAGGCAGUCGUGCAGAGCCCGAGGGUAUCUCAGCCGUGGCUGUCAAGCGAUGUGAUCGGUCUGCGGCACGGAUCAAUUCUCUCUUACGAGCCUACCACAACCGUUUUAACCUCCGGUUCUCCCCGCCCACUCUGCUCAACGUUGCUUUUACAGCAGGCACCACUCACCUCCUCGCAGCAGUGCAUCAUCGGUCUAUCAGGAUCAGGGCGGAAGCGCUAGCAAGUGCGAACGAAUGCGUGGAGCUAUUGCGACUAGUGGCUGUCUCUUGGCCGGCAGCGAGGGAUAAGGCGGAUAUCUUGGGAGGUUUGGUCACAGAAUAUCUACCUACGGAGACGAUGUUGUCGCGACUCGACUUGUUAUCCAGGUUGAAUGGGACGACUGCGGGGACGACUGCGGCUCCAGCAGCUUCGACUCCAACAUCUGACCCACUUUUCGACUUUUUCCAGCAACCGGCCACAGACAUAGCACCACCCUCGCCGUCCCCUCUACAGCAGGUGCUGCCGUCCUCGAGCCCCGUUCAGUCGCCACAAUUCCAAUCAAUCCCGUUCCUUCCGCCACUGACGCAGGCUGACUACCAAGUUCAACCCGUCCCCACCCUCUCGUCAUCACUGUCCAUGUCUGGCAUGUCUCAGCAGCCUGCCCCCGCCUGGAUGUCACAAUCACCGACUGUGGAUAACCCCCUCAUCCCUACUGAAAUACCGAUGUUCGACCAGAAUUUAUUUUCGGGUAUUCCGCGGGAAGACGCCGAGUCUUUCCUCCGAGCCCUCCUUGCGCACAUCACCCUUCCACCAGCACAAGCGGGCUCGCUUCCUACUGCUCCUCAUCAGGCUACAGCUCCAGGCUCGUUCUUCUCCCAGAUAUACCCCAACAACGCAGCGUACGGCCAGUCGCCACCGAAUGCGUGGCCCAUACCGUGCGACACCUCGGGGUCUGCAGUUGCUGAUACAACCAUAGGUCACAUGCAGACGCCAGCUGCGCCAGACUUAGCUGAUGAUCAGGAGUGGGCGAAUUUUUUUGGGGCUGGGUAGGUCGAUGUGCAGGACAUGGCGGAAGUCGACAGACUCGAUCAUGUUGUUUGUAUAUUGACUAGCUGUAAGAGAAGGAGAUACAAGGAUGAGAGGAGGAUAAGGGAGAAGAAGAGAGGAAGACAGGAAAGUAGUUUUGAGGUAUCGAUGAAGAGAGAGCGGGGGCAGAAGAAGAGAGGCGGGCGGGGAGGGUCGCAGGGAAGCGUCAGGGAAGAGGGAAGACAAAGAGGAGGUUGGAGGGAAAUUGUUGGAAAGAUGAGUCAGCUCGUAGAACUUGGAAGAUAUAAAAGGCGUAUCCCUUUGGUAGAUAGAAUGUAUUCCGCAACCGCGUAAGACUUCU